AUGGCAGAACCAAACAACACCCCUUAUCCCCCAGCAACGCCCGCAUCCCAAACCCCUCGCUCCACCUCGCCUCACCACUCCCCAGCCGUCAUCCGCCCGAACCCAACAGCGUCGUCCGCAGCACCCAUCACCACGACAAACGGCACCUCGAAGCUCAAGGUCCUCCACAUCGGCGACCCCAUCAAAUACAACCCCGAAACCUACGCCGCCUUCUCCUCCCAAUUCGACGUCAUCCGCCCCUCAACCCCCGACCGCCAGCGCCCCGCCCUGACCGCCGCCCUCCGGGACCGCAAGUGGGGCGACUUCUCCGCCAUCUUCCGGCCCUUCUGGGGCACCGGCGGCGAAAUGGGAAAGUGGGACGCCGGGCUGGUCCCGCUCCUCCCGCCCUCGUGCCGGGUCUUCGCGAGCGCCGGCGCCGGCUUCGACUGGGCCGACACCAAACUGCUAGGCGAGCGCGGCAUCAUCUACUGCAACUCCGGCCUGGCCGCGGCGGAAGCGGUCGCCGAUUUCGCCGUCGCGCUGGUGAUUUCCACGUUUCGCCAUCUGCCAUGGUGCAUGUCCGCGCCGGCCGAUCCGGCGACGUUCCAAGACUGCCACGAGCGCGCGACCGUGGUCUCGCACACUCUGCGGUCCCACGUGCUGGGCCUCGUCGGGUUCGGGAACAUCGGGCAGCAGAUCGCGCAGCGGUUGGGGCUGGGGUUCGGCAUGGCGGUGCACUACUACGACGUGAUCCGCAAGGACGCGGCCACCGAGACGCUCUACAAGGCGACGUUCCACCCGACCCUCGAGUCCCUCCUCCAAGGCUCGGACUGCGUCGUCCUGUGUACCCCCGCGGGCGGAAAGGUCAUCACCGAGGAGUCGCUGGCGUGGUUCAAGCCCGGGGCGAGGUUCGUGAAUAUUGCGAGGGGUAGUCUGGUCGACGAGAAGGCGCUGGCGGACGCGCUUGAGUCUGGGCGGUUGAGCACCGUGGCGCUGGAUGUGCACGCUGAUGAGCCGAGGCCGCAUCCGAGGUUGCUGAAGAUGGCGGGGACGAAGGCUACGUUGACGUGCCAUAAUGCUGGAGGUACGGUUGAGACGCAUGCCAACUUUGAGGAGUUGAGUAUGAGGAACAUUAUGGCUGUGCUGGGUGGAGGAGAGCCGAUUACGCCAGUAAACCUGCACUUUUUGAAGAAGUAG